AUGUCGGAUAGUGCAAAUGAAACGCUGAAGAACUGCGAUAUAUGCGAUGCUUGGAGCCACUAUCGAUGCGCCGGUGUCACAGAGGAGGUUAAGAAUGUACCCUGGCACUGCAAUAAAUGCAGUAACCUGCUGAACAUCCCGAAGAUCAGGAAGCCUGUUAAACGAAACGUUUCCAAACGAACGGGCAGCGCAAAAGGCGAUGUCGCAUCGGAUUCCGGAAAAUUGCCUGAAGGUCGACUAUCCCUGCAAGAGUCGAUAAAUCUUCUGGAGCAUGAAUCGGCUGUGAUCGAGCAGCAAUUAUUGGAGGAGAAGAUACUACAUGAUAAACGCUUAGAGCUAGAACGUGCCAUCAACGAAAAAAGGCGCGCUCUGCAGCAGAAGCAACAGGAAGAUAAACUUCACCAGGAGAAACAACAGCUGGAACAACAAUUAGCUGACCACAAAGAGUUUUUGAUCCGCCAGAAAGAAAUGCGGGAUCAAUUUCGAAAAAUGAAAGCAGAUUUAAACCAGGAGUUCGAAGAGGAAAGUGAAGAGGACUCGUUUGGUCCAGAAGCUGGAUCCGACAAAACAAAGCGUUGGGUGGAGAUGCAAGAAGAUCUCCGCGGCGCUUAUCCCAAGAAAACCACAGGAACGGAUAGCUUAUCCACCUCUGUGCGUAAGUUGUGCAACGAACCGAAUCGGGUCAAAGAACUAGAACCGGAGAAGCACGUAAGUUUAACACAACAACAAAAAUUAGAAGUGUUAGGAGAAGCGAUGAAAAGCGAUGCCCGAGGAAAUUGGGAACCGCAGGAAAAGGUUGAAUCGGAGUGUCGUGUAAAGCGUCUUUUGGAACAGUGUUUAGAAGAAACAGGAAGCCAAGGAGCUAACGAACCGACAGAAGAAUCGGAUUUGAACAAUUUGGAGCAAGCAUUGAUGCGGAGUUUAUUGGAGCGUAGGCAACGGAAAGAGCUGGAGACACAAACUCGCAGUUUUAAUACUGGACCUACGAAAGAGCAGUUAGCGGCCCGCCAAGCUGGUUCAAAACAUCUCCCUACAUUUCGAGGGGAGCCAGAAAUCUGGCCCCAAUUUAUCAGCUGCUUUGAAUAUACUACAGCGGCUUGUGGGUUUACAAAUGUGGACAACUUGAAGAGACUCCAAGAUAGUCUGCAAGGUUUGGCGAAAGAAGCAGUUCAGAGCAGGUUGCUCAUGCCUGCGUCGGUACCGGAAGUGAUUGAGGAUCUGCGACAACUCUUUGGGAAUCCGGAAAAGCUGUUAAAGUCGCUUGUGACCAAGGUGCGGAAGGUGCCAGCACCUCGAGUAGACAAACUGGAAAGUUUUCUAUAUUUUGGAAUUACUGUCAAACAGUUGUGUGACCAUUUGGUGGCGGCCAAGCUGCAGGACCAUCUAAGCAAUCCCAUGCUUGUAUCGGAACUAGUAAACAAGCUGCCGUCCGAGUAUCAGCUAGAAUGGAUUCGCUUCAAGAGAGGAAAAAAUGGUCUUCCUCUUUGUAUGUUUGCGGAUUUCAUGAAUGGAAUCGUGUCGGAGGUUGCUGAGUUAGCUGACUUCAAAGGAGAGCAGAAGAAUGUUCUGGAUGAAGGAAGAAACAAGUACCGAAGGAAAGAGCGUGUGAAUACACACGAUACAAGAGUAUUUCCGGCUACCCAGAAUACGAUGCCUGCGAGAUCCAGAAGACCCUGCCCGAUGUGCAAUCGUACAGACCACAAAUUGAGGUUCUGUGACGAUUUCGCAUCAAUCUCGUUGGUCGAUCGCCGAAAAUUGGUGGACAGGCUUAAGUUGUGCAACCUUUGCUUAAGUGACCAUGGGAAAAUUAAGUGUACCUUCAAGGUCCGGUGCGAGAUUCGAAGCUGCAGAGGAGCUCACCACACCCUGUUGCAUUGCAAUGAAGAAGCCGUCAACAUCACCGUAGCUGAGUGCAAUCCACACCAUCAGAGAGAUCGGCAAGUAAUCUUUCGAAUGAUACCGAUUACUUUGUACCAUGGAGGAAAUACUGUCGAAACGUUGGCGUUCUUGGACGAGGGAGCUUCAACAACACUUGUUGAGAGCUCGUUAGCUGAUUCGUUGGGCGUCAAGGGAAUCCCAGAGCCCCUUGUAAUCGUGUGGACAGGAAAUGUCAAGCGAAACGAAGAUACUUCACGGAAAAUCGACCUACUGAUAUCUUCGAUAGAUUCUCGACGCAAGUUCAUGCUGUCAUCUGCCCAUACCGUGGGAGAAUUGAAGCUGCCGCUGCAGAAGACGUGUUACGGAAACAUCGUCAAAAAGUAUCGACACUUGAGUGGAGUUCCUUUGUCGAGCACCAAGAUGGAGGUUCCCAGAGUUCUCAUCGGACUUGACAACCUACACUUAUUCGCCCCUCUGGAGUCCAUAGUUGGUGCCCCGGGAGAACCAAUCGCCGUGCGCUCAACGCUGGGAUGGGCUAUUUACGGUCCCGAUUUGAGAUCGGAACAAUCACAUCGCUACGUAAAUCAUCACAUGGUUCAAAGUUUAAAUAAUCGGGAACUUCACGAUCUGAUGACGGCGCAGUACGCUCAGGAAGAUUUGCCUUCAGCACAUGUACAGUCUAUCGAAUCGGAUGAAAUUCGCAGAGCCCGGAACAUCCUGGAAUCGACAACCAUCCGGGUAGGCGACCGCUUCGAAACGGGGCUUAUCUGGAAACAGGAACCCGCGUUUCCUGAUAGUUAUCCGAUGGCGUUAAAUAGGCUGAGAAGCCUUGAUCGAAGACUCAACCGAGAGCCACACCUGCAACAAAAUGUCAACCAACAAAUUGAAUAUUACCUGACCAAAGGCUACUGCCAUAAGGCCACGAAAGAAGAACUUUUGAACACCAAUCCGUCUUCAGUAUGGUAUCUUCCGCUAAAUGUAGUACUGAAUCCGAAGAAACCACAUAAAGUGCGCCUGGUGUGGGAUGCGGCAGCUAAAGCACAUGGUGUUUCCCUUAAUUCCUUUCUCCUUAAAGGCCCCGAUCUACUGGCAUCACUUCCGGCAGUCAUCAGCAAGUUUCGAGAGCGACGAGUAGCCGUGGGAGGUGACAUCAAAGAGAUGUACCAUCAGCUCAGGAUCAGAGAUGCAGACCAGCAGGCGCAACCCAAGUAA